CCACUUUGUUUUUACGCUGUGAGAUAGUAGGGUCAACAACCUUAGUAUUGAUUGACACUAUUGAGUUAGUAAUUAGUAUUAGAGUUAUCACUUUAUCUGUAAAGGACUAAACGUACUCAAAGCUUUAAUUUUUUAACUUUUGAAAUGUCGCCUAAGUUGUAUCAUUUUCCAAUUAGUGCACCGUCUCGUGGUGCAGUAUUGGCUGCAAAAGUUAUUGGCGUACCAGUGGAAAUUAAAAUAAUAGAUUUAAUGAAAAAGGAACAGUACAACGAAAGUUUUAUUAAAAUUAAUCCUCAGCACUGUGUACCGACUCUAGAUGAUGAUGGCUUUGUUAUUUGGGAAAGUCGUGCUAUUGCCUGCUAUUUAGCAGAUAAGUACGGAACUAAUGAUGAUGUAUAUCCUAAAGAUCUACAGCGGCGCGCCGUCGUUAACCAAAGGCUAUAUUUUGAUAGCUCAUUCCUGUAUCCAAGGAUUAGAGCGAUAUGUUAUCCUAUAAUUUAUGAUGGUGUAACAGAAAUUAAAGAAAAAUUGACAGAUGAUUUAAACACUACACUCGGUUUCCUCAACCAAUUUCUAGAGGGGAAUAAGUGGGUCGCUGGUGAGCAUUUGACCGUAGCUGACACUUCUAUUCUUGCUUCUUUGAGUUCAAUCCUUGAAGUUGGCUGGGAUAUCUCUCAAUUCCCCAAUAUUCAAAGAUGGCUGAAAGAAUGUGCAUCAAUACCAGGUUAUGAAGAAAAUGUAGAAGGUGCUAAGAGUUUUGCAUCUAUUGUCAAGAAGAACUUGAAAUAAAGUUUACAAAUAUAUUAAUUAUUAUAUGUACUUAAAACUAUUACAGUUGAUCAUAUCCAUUGUCAAA